AGCAGUGGAUGUGACCAGAAGUGUGAGCCAAUCAACUGUAGGACACAUACAAGAAGUGUCGCCAAAACACACGAAAGCCGUCGGCGUAUGGCUCAUGACAUGCGGAGGCCUGACAUUCGUGACGGUAGUGGUGGGAGGGGUGACCCGGCUCACCAACUCUGGCCUCUCUAUCGUCGAUUGGCAUCCAUUCAAAGAGUUUCCUCCGCUGUCUGUGAGUCAGUGGACACAAGAGUUUAAUAAAUACAAAAUGUUUCCCGAAUUCAAAAUUCGCAAUAAAGACAUGACAAUCGAUGAGUUCAAGUGGAUCUGGUAUAUGGAGUACAUCCACCGAAGUCUUGGUCGAGUCAUUGGUGCCAUUUAUGUAUUACCGGCCGCUUUCUUCUGGUAUAACAAGUGGUUUACGAAAGCUAUGAAACCCAGAGUUCUUAUAUUUGGGACACUUCUUGGUCUUCAGGUU